AUUCGUGCACUCUCCUAACUUUGUAUACAGGCCUGUCGUUCCCUGCCGUUGGCUCAAAUUUUGGUCAUCCAAACAGACGGUGAAGAUCAUGGCUCCGAUUGCAGUUGGCGAUGUGGUUCCCGACGGAACUCUGGCGUACUUCGACGGGGAAGAUCAGAUGCAACAAGUGUCUGUACACUCUCUCGCUGCCGGCAAGAAGGUUAUCCUCUUCGGCGUUCCCGGCGCAUUCACUCCCACUUGCAGCUUGAAGCAUGUACCAGGGUUUAUUGAGAAAGCAGAUGAGCUGAAAUCAAAGGGAGUUGAUGAGCUUUUAUGUAUCAGCGUCAAUGAUCCCUUUGUGAUGAAGGCAUGGGCGAAGACUUACCCUGAGGCGAAGAACGUCAAGUUCCUGGCUGAUGGCUCAGGAACUUACACCCAUGCACUUGGCCUCGAGCUCGACCUCUCAGAGAAGGGGCUUGGCAUCCGAUCUCGAAGGUUUGCUCUCCUGAUGGAUGACCUCAAGGUGAAGGUUGCAAAUAUUGAAUCUGGAGGAGAAUUCACUGUCUCUGGUGCUGAUGAUAUCCUUAAGGCUCUUUAAGUCCUUUGUUUCCUCGUGCACCCUUUCUUUUGUCAUUGAGCCUUGGUCUCAUAUGUUAUUUUGUCAGACGUCUCAAAUGCUUAUGUACGUUUGUUACAAUCAUGGAUUCUGAAUCCUUGGCCAAAGUAAUGUUGCUUUAAGUUUAUAUUCCUAUGAAAUAAAAGGUUUGUAGCUUUUGGAAUUGUUCUCUAUUUUCCUUGGUUGCGCUUGCAUAGAACAUAUUAAAAUGUGGAUGCAGUAGUGUACACUGCACUAAGCAAUUGUUGUGUCGUUUGAGUCUUGCUGAAAGUUAU